CCCGAAGAUCCGCAAGAAUUUCGGAACUUCGUUAGGAUGGACAUGGUCUGUUUCGAGAAGCUGCUGUCUAUGAUAGAAGAUAGAAUCAAAAAGUGUGACACAGUCAUGAGGGAGGCUAUCUCACCUUCUCGAAGGCUGGCAGUAACAUUACGGUUCCUGGCGACUGGGGAAUCUUUUAAGAAUCUGGCUUUCAGCCACAGAAUUGCACAGCCUACCAUUUCAAAUGUUAUUGUGGAUGUAUGCACUGCAAUUUGCGAAACUUUAAAGGACCAAUACUUAAAGGCACCAUCAACAGAAGAAGAGUGGAAUAAAAUUGCCAAAGAAUUUGAUGAACUGUGGCAGUUCCCAAACUGCAUUGGUGCAAUGGAUGGGAAACGCAUAGCAUUUGCCCCACCACGAACUGCUGGCUCAACAUACUUCAAUUAUAAAAAGUUCCACAGUGUUGUUUUACUAGCUAUUGUGGACGCUAGGUACCGAUUCUCUUUGAUUGACAUUGGGUGCAAUGGAAGAGUGAGUGAUGGUGGGGUGUAUGCAAACAGCCUGAUCAGCAGUGCACUUUGGGAAAACUGGUUGAAGAGACUGCCAGAACCAGAAGUCCAAACAGAUUUUUAA